GAGGAGAUGCAAAAAUCCUAAGUAGUGUGAUUUAUUUAUUCUUACAAAAAUAACCAUGGGGCGCACUGGAGCCCACUUAUCGCUACAUGGUACACUAAAUUUCUAAGGAUUCCGUGGAGAAUUGAGCUCGUAAUCGUGUUUUCGCGCUGGGCACCGUUUCGUACUCAAUUUUUGCGUCGUGAGAAGAGGCGCCAACUAUUUUGAAAACGGCAAUAAUGUAUCCUUAUCUGUACAGUAUCAAGAUUUCCUGCGAAGGUGUGUCACCAGUGUUGACUUGAUUUUCCACACUUACGGAUUUGCAGGUUGCUUACUGAUGCAGAAUUCCGCCUCGGUCGAAGAGAUUUCGCAGAAAUUACUAACCAUCCGUUUUUCGUCGGUGUGGAUUGGCAUACUCUUCCCCAACGUGUGUCUAUGCCUUUCAUGUCAUUCACCGUCAUUUCGCCGAACUGAACCUCAUGCAGAAACGAAACCAUCAAAUCUUCAUCUUCCGCAGUUCACAUACUCAAUACCUGAAGCCAAAGUUGAUACGUCCGAACGACCAUCAGAAGAAUUCUCCCAACCUUUCGCAUUCUCAGCUUUAUUUCAAUCUUCGGCAGCGUCAUCCUCCCCAGGACUUUCUAUCUUUCAUGACACUCCCUCAUUCAAGGGAAGCGGUCCCCUUUCUGAAAGCAGUACUAGCGCCGCUUCUUUUAUCGGUUUCUCUUGGGGACCUACCAAGGAUGCUUUCCCGGAUGUGCACAUGACAGAAAACGCUGAGAACGAGCAACGAAGUCCCACCGGACUAUCACCCGCGCCGUUACCCAAGUGGAAUAGUACACCUCGUCCUCUUCGUAUUCCCUCGGCCUGGCUUACUCCGACUCCGCAAGGACGAAGUUUGCCCCAGCCUAUUAGUAACAUGGCCCGCCUGACAACCCCUUCGAUUCCAAGUCAUGCUCACGCGUUCAGCACCCCAGUCCGGCCUACAACCACAGGUAUUAGAUAAUGAUAAGUGUAUGAACUGGUGAAAUGUUCUACAGGUGAAGGUUGGUUUGUGUAUCUACAUGAAUGGAUUCAAGGAAAGUGAAUGGAAC